UCGUCGUCCUCCCUCCUCGAACUGUUUACUCUCUUUCUCGCUAUCCCACGACCACACUUGAAUAAGGGACAACAAGCACAGGGGAAAAAGAAACAGAGAGAAAGAGAGAGAAAGAGCCACCUUACGCUAGUUCGUCAGCGACCUUCUGACGAGACGGAUAACCGAACAUCUCCCGGGACAGGUCUUCGUGACAAUUGCGGUCAAUCAGACUGGCAUUGUCAGAAACGUGACCGCACGUUGCCAGUCGGAAGAGCCUGAGACGCUCGUCGGCGACCGAGCGGUCGAGACGUGCCUCGUCGAUCUUCUCGGAGAGAAGCGUCGGAUCCACGCUUGGCGAUCGUCGCCGAUUACCACCUGGCGAUUUUCUCCACAGGCCGUAAAGUCCAACGGCUCGACGCAACCGUUGACCCGAGGCGUCACAAGAUUAUUAACGAGAGAUCAGGCCAGGCGAUCGGGUGGAACAUCCUCAUCUCAAAAAUCUAAAAAUAACACACAGCUGCAUCGGGAAUACUCCUCGUUGAGGAAAAAAAGAUCCCAAGGAGGAAAAUAUACAACUGUGAUCCACGAAACCUAAACGCCGAGCUAAAAAUAACCCGACUACCGUGCCGUUGCGCUGCUUGACACGCCUGUAAGAUCGGUGUCCUGGAGAACGGAGGAGAGUCCCGCGGCUCGAUCGGCCGGAAUCACGAGCUCGAUCACGAACGGAUUCCCCGCGGUCCAUCGCACAAUCGCGACUGCUUUCGGGACAGGUGGAGAAGAACGUGGAAGGUCUCGGAGAAGUGCUCGCGGAUGGGCAUCAAUGUAUCCCAGACAGUGGGAAGGAUCGAGCGUGCCGAAAAGUCAACAUUUCGUCGAGGCCCGACAUCGUCUACGGAAUAUCUCAUAAUCGCUUUCCCAUGAGAGAAACCAGCAUCGCAGCGAUCAUCACUGUGAUCACAUCUCACCUAUCGCAUCCGCGACACCGUUCCACGUCGUCCGAGAAAAAGUGCCAGACUGUGAUACUACACCGUGUGAUAGAGAAAUUGCCUUGUGAUCCGCGUUUUACCUCAACGUACUCAAUGUCCGCGAAUCGAUUGAACGUGGUCGUGACCCUGGUGCUCGCCGUCGCGUUUCUCGCGGCGGAAUCGGGGAACGCACAGGCGGAUGGCUAUCCGCAAUUCGGCCCGAAACGACCCUCCAUGAGCGCGCCGCAAAAAUAUUGCGGCAAGAAGCUAUCCAAUGCUCUACAGAUAAUCUGUGAUGGCGUGUAUAAUUCCAUGUUUAAAAAGAGUGUUCAAGCGCCGGAAGAGGGGAAUACCGGCCGCAUAGGUAACAACUUUAACUACGCUGGCGUUCAAGAGAUGCAAAUGGCCGAUUACCCAGUGUAUUCCCCGUUUAUGUCUCCAACGAAGGCACAGGGUAUACUAGACGGACGCUUCGCCGGCAGACGCAGAAGGGAAUCGCGCGGCAUCCACGAGGAGUGCUGCCUCAACGCGUGCACGAUAAGCGAACUGUCCAGCUAUUGCGGCAAUCUUAACAAUUAAGCGCGCGUCCGGUAACUCUUCGACUUCCGCUUUACCGCUCGAUCACCAUGCAACCGAAAUAAUCCCAGACACACCCACGCGCAUAUACCCCACGUACACACAUAGACAUACACACAUAUACGCCCGCAUACGUACAAUACACUGUUGGAAAAUUCACUGGUAACCGCAUCAUCGCUCACGCUGGAGACUGAUUCGUGAUAAUUAUGUAUACAUAUAUAUAUAUAUAUAUAAUUGUGAAGGAAACGAUUUUUUUUAACGCAAGGUCGUGCGCGGGAUUGAAUUUUCUCAUUUGCUUUCGAUUCUUUAAUGACGAGGGGACAGCGGAGAGAAAACAUGAUUCGAAAGACGUAGUUCUGGAAGAGAACUGGAAUCGUCACCUGUAGUUUUUUUUAAUUAAUGACAUUCUUUUAAAAAAUAAGAGAUUUGAUUUUUACACUUGAGAAUGUGAAGCUUUACUAAUAAAGAAGUGAGCUCUUUUUAUAGAUUACAAUCCAUCUGAUGUGAUAUAAAUUUCUUUCUCAAGUCUCGAUGUUUAUUGAUAAGUAUUGCUAUUUUGAAUAAUUUAAAUAAGUUUUCCUUCGCUUGCUCUGUUUUGUCUAUAAAAUGUAUAAAUUUUUGUAAUUUACACUGACAUUUGACGUGUUAAGUGUAUCAGACACUAAUUGAGAUUGAUUCCCGAAUGAGAAUUUGAUAAUAAAUUGAACCAGACAUGCUA